UCAUAAAAAUGUCGUCUUCUUCUUCUUCCUCCUCGCUUAAACCCAUUAAUUCAACUUCUCCAUAGCCAGCAACGAGAUCUGGCGAAACGAAACCAUCCCACUAUGCUUCGUAUCAUCCAAAUCGCGCUUCUUUGCCUCGUUCUCGCCGCCGGGAUCUCGAUCUCCGCCGUGAUCGCGGAGAACGAAUCUAUAGACGAGAUCCUUCAGGCGAACGGAUUGCCUUUGGGGAUAUUCCCGAAAGGGGUGAAAGGGUUCAGCGUUAAUGGCGAAACGGGACGCUUCUCGGUUUAUCUGAAUCAGUCGUGUCAGGCUAAGUACGAGACCGAGCUGCAUUACGACGCGAAUAUUUCGGGGACGAUAGGUUACGCACAAAUCGGGGAUUUAUCGGGAAUCUCGGCGCAAGAGCUGUUCUUGUGGUUUCCGGUUAAAGGAAUCCGUGUUGACGUGCCGAGCUCUGGUCUCAUAUUCUUUGAUGUUGGUGUUGUUCACAAGCAAUAUUCUUUGGCUCUGUUCGAGACACCCAGAGAUUGUGUUGCCGUUCGUGGUGAAAACAAGGUUCAGUCAUCUAUGUUGCCAUUGUAUCAUAUAGAUCAAACUCUUGGGAGAGACAUUGUUUAGCCGGAGUUUAUGAAAUGUUGUUAUACUAUACCAGAGAAAGAUAGAUGAUCUCAUCAAAAUUCUUGAAGAUACUUGUACCGUUUUGAUCUCAAAAUCUUUGGCAUGAUUCAAAGUCUCAGAUGCUUCAUUCUUUUCCUCCCACCAUUCCAGUAUUGUUUCUGCAUUGCUUUCUCGGAUUGAGCGAGAGGACAAGAACCGAGAGAGUUUGUGACCGGGAAGUCAGAAGGAAAGAACAAAUGUCUGGUUGGUUUGGAAAAGAUGUUGAUUGAAUGGCUCAGAUUUGGUUGAAGUGAUGAUAAUAUUGAGGUGAUGAAUGUUUAUUAUUGUAUUUUUAUUUUAUUUUAUUGAGUUUUGUCAUUUGUUCUGUUUUGUACUUUGUCAUGUAAGCACAGAUAUAAAUAAAACAUAAUCCUGUAUUUAGCCGAAUAA